AUGAAAAAAUUCUUACAUUUCUCGAGAUUCUGCAAACAGUGCCAUGUUUGUGGGAUCCGAGACUCAAAACUUUUCAUUUCAACUCAAUUUCUCAAAAAUCGUACAUCGCAAAAUGAUGCUUGGCGACGAAUUGUACAAGUAUUAUCUUGUUCUCAAACAACUGUUGAAGAAAUUAGAAAGAAGAAGGAAAGCCUAAUAGGUUAUUACAGGACUCAUUUGAACAAAUAUAAAAAAUCUUUGAAGUCUGGAGCUGGCAAAAAUGACGUCUAUGCAACUAAUUGGUUCGCAUUCGAAACGAUGGAUAGUUUCCUACGAGGGGUAUAUGAAAGUAAUCACACAUUAAAUACAGUGACAAACGAAGACAGUGAGUCCCAAGAAAGAAAUGAGGGAAUAAAUGACCAAAAUAAUAACAGCCCUCAUUUUUCUUUAGAAAUAGAGGAGGAUUCACAAAACACACAAGGUGGAAAUAGAUCUCGUUCAAGAGAAAAUAAAUCUUCUCAAGAUAGUGGGAGAAAAAGACAACUGAGUGACUAUUUGCCUCCAGAAAUAAGAGCAGCACGACGGCAAAUAGACGAAGCUUUUGAAUAUAUAAAAAAGAAGACAGAUGAUGAAUAUGAGAUGUUCGGAAAAUUGAUCGCAAGUAAACUAAAAAAAAUUAGAAAUCCAAACACGCGUGAUAUUUUAAUGAACGAAAUUCACAUUUUAGUAUUUCGCACAUGUAUGGCAGAUCGACUGGAACAACAGUCUGUAGUACCUCAAUUUCCCACAUUCCAGACACCACACCAUCAAGUUUUUAGUCUAUCACCGCGUCCGUCUACACACCAGUCACCUCCAGGCCAAUUCAAAUCCCAUUCUCCACACCAUCAAGUAUUCAGUCCAUCACCAAAUCUAUCCACACACCAGUCACCUCCAGGCCAAUCCACAUCCCAGUCUCCACACCAUCAAGUAUUCAGUCCAUCACCAAAUCUAUCCACACACCAGUCACCUCCAGGCCAAUCCACAUCCCAGUCUCCACACCAUCAAGUAUACAGUUCAUCACCAAAUCCGUCCACACACCAGUCACCUCCAGGCCAAUCCACAUCUCAGUCUCCACACCAUGAAGUAUUCAGUCAAUCACCAAAUCCGUCUACACACCAGACACCUCCAGACCAAUUCAAAUCCUAUUCUCCACACCAUGAAGUAUUCAGUCCACCACCAAAUCAGUCCACACACCAGUCACCUCCAAGCCAAUCCACAUCCAAGUCUCCACACCAUCAAGUAUUCAGUCCAUCACCAAAUCCGUCUACAUACCAGUCACCUCCAGGCCAAUCCACAUCCCAGUCUCCACACCAUCAAGUAUUCAGUUCAUCACCAAAUCCGUCUACAUACAGGUCACCUCCAGGCCAAUUAAAAUCCCAUUUUCCACACCAUCAAGUAUUCAGUCUAUCACGAAAUCCGUCUACAUACCAGUCACCUCCAGGCCAGUUCAAAUCCCAUUCUCCACACCAUCAAGAAUUCAGUCCAUCACCAAAUCCGUCCACAUACCAGUCACUUUCACGACACGAAAUAAACAGUCCAUCAUCACCUCUAGAUCACUACCCAGUUCAAUCUUCCCAAGAAAAUUUCCUAGAAUUACCACCAUCACGUGCCUCACAGAUAGUAAUAACAGAUACCGGUAAAAUAAUGAUAAUUAAAGAUUGA